UUGCUUUCCAUUUCAACUACACUUCUUUUACAGCUCUUGCACCACCACAGCAGAGAUCCUCCUCCGUGCUUCAUGGUAGACGGUACAUUCUGACUCCUCUCCAAACAGAAGACGUCUCGACCCCUGAUUCCCAUCAUCACCACUGGAAAGAAAAUCAAAAGAACAGUUUCACUAAGAAUCACCUGCAGAAACAGCUCUUCCAAAAUGGCCUGUUCAAAUGAGUACAGGAGAAUUGACUGUGAAGGCGACUGUUACAGCAUCAACAGUACUGGCUCAAAUCGCAGCAUGGAUCAACCUGCCUCUACAGAACAAUGUGUCCCACCAGACAAAUCUCUCAUUGCAAAAAUACAGUUAUUCACCUCACUCUUUGACAGCAACGUGUCGGAUCUCAAGGCCCUAAUAAAAAAACUGACAGGAAUAACUGACAAUUUGGAGAAAACUCAUCGAAGCGCCACCAUUGGAAGCCUGUCUGGGGGAGUGAUUGGGGCAGCUGGAGGAAUCACCUCGAUUGUAGGAGUUAUUCUGGCUCCAUUUACUCUGGGUGCAUCACUGAUCGUGACAGGUGUAGGUAUUGGAGUUGCAGUUGCUGGUGGAAUAACAGGAGCUGCAUCCAACAUCACAGACAUGGUUCGACAGAGAACCUUACGAGGGGAAAUAGAAGAAAUUCUGAAAACAUUUCAGAGCAGAAUUUCUCCUAUUAUCGAAUGCCUGGAAGAUAUAAAGCUCCUGCUUGAAGAGAUCCAAAAAAUUGAGCUCAGUGAAUCAUCCGCACAGAAAAUGCAAAGCAUAUUUGGAGUAGCCAGAGGGGCAGGACAUGCAGCUGAACUCAUACGGCUGGUUAAUGUUGCUGAAAUUGGCAGAGUGGCAGCACAGGUAUCUAGAACUGUGAGAGCAGCUGCAGCAAUGACAGGAGUGAUCUCUGGGCUUUUUCUCCUGUUUGAUAUUGCCUUUAUUUUCAAAGACACCAGAGAACUCAUAGAAAUAGACAAAGAGCGAAAAGAUGGGAGCGAGAGAUCAGACGUAGUGAAGUUCAUUCAGGAAAUGAGAAAAACUGCUGAUCAUCUUAAACAAACACUGAAAGAACUUAAAAAGCAUAAAGAACGACUAAAUGCAGAGAUCACCGAUAAACUGAAAGCAACUUAACCUGCAUUGAAGACCAUUUAAUUGAAUUAUUAUUACAUAUACGUUUUUACAUUUACAGUGCUAUGAAAAAGUAUUUGCCCCUCACCAGAUUUCUUGCUAAUUUGUCACAUUUAAGUGUUUCAAAUCAUCCAAAUAAGAU